UAGCGCGAAUCCGACUAAACGGAACCACUUUAAGCAGUUGCUGUUGUCGGUGGGACCCGUUGGCGGAGAGACACUGUUUGUUUACAGUGUGAGGGACGGUCUGUUCAGUCAGAGUCUGGACUCUUUCUGUUUGUAUUUAAAUUAUUUUUUACGGUCUUUUAUAUUCAUAUCAGCGUUAAAACAACGAUCGACGUGUAUUUAGUUUUACGCUGGGUCAGGUUUGCCUUUAAACAUCUUGGUUUUAGAUUAUAUGCUCUGUAAAUUUAUUAAAUCUGCUUUUAAGUAUCUUAAAUCUGUGGUUAGUCUGUUUUAUAGACCUAAGACGCUCCGCUGGGUGAAUAAAAGCCAUUUUUAGGCCUGUAAAUGUCUGUAAAUUAAGCGUUUAUAAAAUGCAGCGCUAAUAAAGCCAAUAAAGGCCACCUACUGGUGUAUUAGCGGAGGAGAAAAGAGGCAGAAGAUCCAGAAAGAGAAGUAUGCUGGUUAAUUACAGCAGCAGCGGCUCUGAAGAGGAAAGUGAAGAUGUCGCUGUUCAUAACAGAAAGCGGCAAAGACCAAACGGCAAAGAUGUCAGCCCCCCUCUCAGGAAAAGAGAAUGCACGGGAGGAAAAAAUGGCACGGAAAACAGCGAAUGUGUGGAAGGAGCUGUUGAGAAGAGAGAAAGCAGCUCCUGUCAGGCUGUUCCUCGGCUUCCUCUUCCUGCCAGCCUGCUGAACAUGUUUCAGGACUCAGAAGAGCAGCAUGUGAACGACUGUUCACAGCAUGGUGGGCGGCUGCGGUCCUUCCAACACGAGCGGGGCAACUGGGCCACUUACGUUUAUCUGCCAUAUGAGCCAGAAGAUGUGUUCCUGGAGUUGCUGGAUGAGCUGAGAGUUGGUGCUGAAGCUCAUGGAGUCUUCCUGACCCUGGCAGAAGAGUUUCAUGUCAGUGUCUCUAGAACUGUGGUUCUGCGACACCACUGGAUCCAGCCGUUUGUGCAGUCUCUGCGCAAGGGCCUCGCACAGUGCAGGAGUUUUGUAUGUCUGGCAGAUAAACUGAAGGUGUACACCAAUGAUGAAAGAACAAGGACUUUUCUCGGGAUGGAAAUCUCUACAGGCUGUACACAACUACUCGAGGCAGCGAAAAGAGCGGACGAGACCAUGGAGGAGUUCAACCUCAGCACCUUCUACAAGGAUCCAUCCUUUCACGUGAGCUUGGCCUGGUGUGUUGGUGAUCUGGCUGAAAAACUGCAGGGCGCAUGUUUAUCAGAGCUGCAGAGUCUGGUGGACGGCCAUGAAGACGGACCCUUCCAGAUAAGGCUGAACUGCAAGGAGCUUCGCUGCAAAACAGGGAAUAAAGUCUUUCUCUUCCCUCUGCAGUAACAAACAGGACACUGACACUCUUCGAAUGACUUCCAUGACUUGAUGAUCCAGCUUCAGCAGAGUAGCCUUCUGGAAGAUGUGGUGAAUUUUAGAUUUUUAUAAUGUUAAAU